CGAGACCAGCCGUCGUCACAGGCGAGACAGGUAGGUAUGGCAGAACCGUGGCUCUACCUAGGUACAUGCAAACUAGCCUGGUGAUGGUAUCAACCUUUUUUUGAACUACGUAUCACCAGCUAGAUACAUACUUAGUAUUCCUCACCAGAACAACGACACUCCCGUUUGUCUUCGAUUGGCUGCCAGUGGUUCCCCCAAACUCCUUUUUUUCUCUUCUCUACGAUCCGUUGCCGCCAAAAUGUUCAAUCUUGCGCGUAGCCGGGCUGCGGCUUCUGCCCUGCGCUCCUCCAAGAAUGCUUUUGCUCCUUCCAGGAUACCCGGCAUCGCUCAACAACAGAGAAACUUGAGCAUCCACGAAUUUCGCUCAGCCGACCUCCUGCGACAGUAUGGCGUCGGAGUCCCCAAGGGAUCUAAUGCUACAAGCGCCGCUGAAGCCGAGAAGAUUGCAAAGGAGAUAGGAGGCGAAGACAUGGUCAUCAAAGCCCAGGUUCUUGCUGGUGGUCGUGGAAAGGGUAGUUUCGACAACGGCUUGAAGGGCGGUGUUCGCGUCAUUUACUCGCCUACUGAGGCAAAGAUGUUCGCUGAGCAGAUGAUUGGUCACAAGCUCAUUACCAAGCAGACUGGUGCGGCUGGCCGCCUCUGCAACUCCGUCUAUAUCUGCGAGCGCAAGUUCGCUCGUCGCGAGUUCUACCUUGCCAUCCUAAUGGACCGUGCCUCCCAAGGGCCCGUCAUCGUCUCCUCGUCCCAAGGUGGUAUGGAUAUCGAGACUGUCGCGAAAGAAAACCCCGCCGCCAUCAUUACCACAAACAUCGAUAUCAACAAGGGUGUCACUGACGAGAUUGCCCGGGAUAUUGCUACUAAGCUUGGCUUCAGCGAGCAGUGCAUCGAAGAUGCUAAGGACACCAUCCAGAAGCUCUACAAGAUCUUCCUCGAGAAGGACGCCACCCAGAUCGAGAUCAACCCCCUCUCUGAGACCUCUGACCACCAGGUCCUAUGCAUGGACGCCAAAUUUGGUUUCGAUGACAACGCCGACUACCGGCAAAAGGAGGUCUUCCAAUGGCGUGACACCACUCAAGAGGACCCAGAGGAGGUCCGCGCCGCUGAAUCGGGAUUGAACUUCAUCAAGCUCGAUGGUGACAUUGGCUGCCUGGUUAACGGCGCUGGUCUUGCCAUGGCUACAAUGGACAUCAUCAAACUAAACGGCGGUCAGCCUGCUAACUUCCUUGAUGUUGGUGGUGGUGCCACCCCCGCCGCCAUCAAGGAGGCUUUCGAGCUCAUCACUAGCGACCCCAAGGUGACAGCUAUUUUUGUCAACAUCUUCGGUGGUAUUGUGCGAUGUGACGCCAUUGCUCAUGGUCUCAUCAACACUGCCAAGACCUUGAACCUCAAGGUUCCUAUUAUUGCCCGACUCCAGGGAACGAACAUGGAGCAGGCUCACGAGUUGAUCAACGAAUCCGGAAUGAAGAUCUUCUCGAUCGAUGACCUGCAGAGCGCUGCUGAGAGGUCGGUACAACUGUCUAAGGUUGUAAAGAUGGCUCGUGACAUUGAUGUCGGUGUUGAAUUCAGCUUGGGUAUUUAAAGGACGGCAUAGACACUGGUUGGCUUCGCUGUACUAACUUCGUCAGGAGAAAAUAUCUGACGUGUGCAUUAAGGGAGGGGUUAAUGAAUAGACAGAAUGGGCGGCCACGGACUUUUUUCUCUCUCAUAUACAUGCAUUAUACUCAUGUCUCGUCCUGAAUCCGUUUCAAUGAAUUAUAUUUCCUACAUCCAUGCUUAUGUCAUUUGGCUAUCUCCAAAUUGAUUUUAGAUUGCUUUCUGCACGGGUGAUCACUAAGAUAGGGGCAAGCCUGACCCGGCGGUGUUCUCGACCACGUUUUUAUU